AUGACAGAAGAAGCUAUCAGUUAUGUACGAUAUCCACUAAGAACACCUCAAACUGUUCAUAAGUCAACUGGUUCUUCCACCAGCAGUACUACUCAUAGAAAUUCAUUCGAGAACAGCAACAGGAAAAGUGAUCCUGCAAUGUUUCGUAAGCUGGAUCGGGAGAAGCCAAAUGAUCAGAAACUAAACAUUGCAGUUUCUCUGCCUCCAAUUCUUAUGAAAAAAAUUCACGAAUCACUAUAUCAUGAAGAAAGGUCAAGCUCUAAAGUUGCAGAGAUCAUUGACAGCUACAGUAUCAACUUAAUCCAACAAGAAUCUGAGGACUUAUAUGUGAUCCGUAAUCAGCUUCUUCAAAUCAAAACCCAACAGUCCAAUUUAUUCGAUCUCCUCAAGGAACAAUUAAGAGAUGAAAAAUUUAAGGCAAAAGAAGAAGAUGAAGAUUCAGCUCAAGAAAUGGCUAGAGUUAUACAAAGAAUAACUGAGUUACAUGAUAAGGGCAUUGCUAUUUAUGAGGUGCAAAGGUUUCAAAGGCUAAUCAAGGAAUCAUGGAAGGGUAUGUUGAUUUUGGUUUUGAAAGAUAAUGUUGGGCUUAUGGAAUCUAACAAAGCCGAUAAUUGA